AUGUCGUCCAGGCCGUGGCAAGAAGUGGUGAAGGAGAAGCGCGAAACCCGAGAAAAACUGGUUGAACGGUACUUGACCACGAUCAACGGAGAGCGCGCCGUUGCAGAUACGGUCCUGAAGAUCGAUAAUGUCGACGAUCUGACAACGUUGCUGGCAUCAGGGAAGGUUACUGCGCACGAUGUCACCGCAAGCUAUAUCCGAAGGUGGAUCGCGGAAGCACAUCAGAAGACCAAUUGCUUGACUGAAGUAUUCUUUGAAGAUGCACUUGUACAAGCCACCAAGCUUGACGACUACUAUCGACACCACGGUGCUCUGAUAGGUCCUUUACAUGGUGUGCCUGUCACACUCAAAGACCAGUUCGAUGUCAAAGGAGCAGAUUCAACGUUAGGCUACGUAGGAAGAGCUUUCAAGCCAGCCUCAAAGGACGCAGCUGUUGUUCAGAUCCUCAGAUCUCUGGGCGCAGUCAUUUUGGCAAAGACGAAUCUUCCUCAGAGUAUCAUGUGGUGCGAGACGGAGAGCCCACUCUGGGGAUUGACGACGAACCCUCGCAAUCCUGCCUUUACACCUGGAGGUUCAACUGGAGGUGAAGGAGUUCUGCUCGCCCUUCGUGCGUCAAUGAUAGGUUGGGGAACGGAUAUAGGUGGCUCAAUUCGUAUCCCAUCUCACAUGAAUGGCCUAUGGGGUUUGAAGCCCACGAGCUCUAGGCUUCCUUAUAUGGGUGUUCCAGUAUCGACAGAGGGACAAGAGCAUGUCCCGUCAUCUAUAGGCCCCAUGGCCAGAAGCCUUUCCUCCUUGGUCACAGUCAUGCAAUGUGUUGUUGAUGCCAAACCUUGGAUACUCGAUCCUAAGGUUACACCGCUCCCGUGGAGGAAGGAUCUUUACGAGGAGGUUCAGGCGAGGCCCCUGACGAUUGGCGUACUAGUCGACGACGGCGUGGUGAAGGUUCACCCUCCCAUCGAACGAGCACUGAAGGAGCUCGCGGCCAAACUGAAAGCAGCAGGCCACGAGCUCGUACAAUGGAACUCUGCCGGUCAUAAAGAAUGCAUUGAGAUCAUGGACCUCUUCUACACGGCUGAUGGAGGUGAAGACAUCCGUAGAGAUGUUCAGGCUGGUGGAGAGCCUUUCAUUCCUCAUGUCGAGGCGUUGAUCAAUCGAGGCAAGGCUAUCUCGGUGUACGAUUACUGGCAGUUGAAUCGACGGAAGAUUGCCGCACAGCAAGCUUACAACGAGAAAUGGAAUGCAACAACAGCCCCAGGAUCAGGUCGGCCUGUUGAUGUGGUGCUGAUGCCUACCAUGCCUCACCCGGCGGUACCACACCGGACAUGCAAGUGGGUGGGAUACACGAAAGUGUGGAAUUUCCUGGAUUAUCCUGCUUUGUCAUUCCCAGCGGGACAGGUUGAGGCAUCUCAAGAUCCGUUGGUGCCAGGUUAUGAGCCUCGGAAUGAUUAUGAUGCGUGGAACUGGAAUCUUUAUGACCCCGAGACAAUGGAUGGCCAUCCUGUCGGUUUACAGAUAGUAGGCCGUCGUUUUGAAGAGGAGAAGGUCCUUGGUGUUGCAGCAGUGGUAGACAAGCUCUUAAAGAACUAG